UUUCCGGGUGAACCGGAAGUGACUGGAGAGCAGUUGGCCCUUCGGAGACAGGCAGCUUGUUUCUUGCUCUGGGCGCCAUGGGCAAAAGGGACCGUGCGGACCGCGAUAAGAAGAAGUCCAAGAAGCGGCACUACGAGGAUGAGGAGGAAGAUGAAGAUGACGCCCCUGGAAACGAGUCUCAGGAGGCGGUACCCUCGGCUGCCGGAAAGCAAGUGGAUGAGUCUAGCACAAAAUUGGAUGAGUAUGGAGCCAAGGACUACAGGCUGCAGAUGCCGCUGAAGGCCGACCACAUCUCCCGGCCCCUUUGGGUGGCUCCUGAUGGCCACAUUUUUUUAGAAGCCUUCUCUCCAGUUUACAAAUAUGCUCAAGACUUCCUCGUGGCUAUUGCAGAGCCAGUGUGCCGACCAACCCAUGUGCAUGAGUACAAACUGACUGCCUACUCCCUAUAUGCAGCUGUCAGUGUUGGGCUGCAAACCAGUGACAUCACUGAAUACCUUAGGAAGCUCAGCAAGACUGGAAUUCCUGAAGGAAUCAUUCAGUUUAUUAAGUUGUGUACUGUCAGUUAUGGAAAAGUCAAGCUGGUCCUGAAGCACAACAGGUACUUUGUUGAAAGCUCCCACCCUGAUGUCAUCCAGCAUCUUCUCCAGGAUCCAGUGAUUCGGGAGUGCCGCCUAAGGAGCUCUGAGGGGGAGGUGACUGAGCUCAUCACAGAGACUUUCACAAGCAGAUCUGCUAUUGCAAAGACUGCUGAAGACAGUGGUGGGCCCUCCACUUCCCAGGUGACAGAUCCACAGGGUAAAUCUGACAUCCCCACGGAUCUAUUUGACUUUUAUGAGCAAAUGGACAAGGAUGAAGAAGAUGAAGAAGAGACACAGACAGUAUCUUUUGAAGUCAAGCAGGAGAUGAUUGAGGAGCUUCAAAAACGUUGCAUUCACCUAGAGUACCCUCUGUUGGCAGAAUAUGACUUUCGGAAUGAUUCUGUUAACCCUGAUAUCAACAUUGACCUGAAACCCACAGCUGUCCUUAGACCUUAUCAGGAGAAGAGCUUGCGGAAGAUGUUUGGGAAUGGGCGUGCACGUUCAGGGGUCAUUGUUCUUCCUUGUGGUGCUGGGAAAUCCCUGGUUGGUGUGACAGCUGCAUGCACCGUCAGAAAACGCUGUCUGGUGCUAGGCAACUCAGCUGUGUCUGUGGAGCAGUGGAAAGCUCAGUUCAAGAUGUGGUCCACCAUUGAUGACAGCCAGAUCUGCCGCUUUACCUCUGAUGCCAAGGACAAGCCCAUAGGCUGCUCCAUUGCCAUCAGCACCUACUCCAUGCUGGGCCACACCACCAAAAGGUCCUGGGAGGCUGAGCGAGUUAUGGAGUGGCUCAGAACUCAAGAGUGGGGCCUCAUGAUCUUGGAUGAAGUACACACUAUACCAGCCAAGAUGUUUCGACGGGUGCUCACCAUUGUGCAGGCCCACUGCAAGCUGGGUUUGACCGCAACUCUUGUCCGGGAAGAUGAUAAAAUUGUUGACUUAAAUUUUCUGAUCGGGCCCAAGCUCUACGAAGCCAACUGGAUGGAGCUGCAGAACAACGGCUACAUUGCCAAAGUCCAGUGUGCUGAGGUUUGGUGCCCCAUGUCUCCUGAAUUUUACAGGGAGUAUGUGGCAAUCAAAACCAAGAAGCGAAUCUUACUGUAUACCAUGAAUCCCAACAAAUUCAGAGCUUGCCAGUUCCUGAUCAAGUUUCAUGAAAGGAGGAAUGACAAGAUUAUUGUCUUUGCUGAUAAUGUGUUUGCCCUGAAGGAAUAUGCUAUUCGGCUGAACAAACCCUAUAUCUAUGGUCCUACAUCUCAGGGAGAAAGGAUGCAGAUUCUUCAGAAUUUCAAGCACAACCCCAAAAUCAACACCAUCUUCAUAUCCAAGGUGGGUGACACAUCAUUUGAUCUGCCAGAAGCAAACGUUCUUAUUCAGAUUUCAUCUCAUGGUGGUUCCCGACGGCAGGAGGCCCAGAGGCUAGGGCGAGUGCUGCGAGCCAAAAAAGGAAUGGUUGCAGAGGAGUACAAUGCCUUCUUCUACUCACUGGUAUCUCAGGACACACAGGAAAUGGCUUAUUCAACCAAGCGGCAGAGAUUCUUGGUAGACCAGGGUUACAGCUUUAAGGUGAUCACAAAGCUUGCUGGCAUGGAGGAGGAAGAGCUGGCAUUUUCGACGAAAGAAGAACAGCAGCAGCUCUUGCAGAAAGUCUUGGCAGCCACUGACCUGGAUGCUGAGGAAGAGGUGGUGGCAGGAGAGUCUGGCUUCAGAUCCAGUCAGGUAUCUCGGCGCUUUGGCACAAUGAGCUCCAUGUCUGGGGCCGAUGACACUGUGUACAUGGAGUACCACUCAGCGAGGAGCAAGGCUUCCACCAAGCAUGUACACCCCCUUUUCAAGCGCUUCCGGAAAUGACAUCCAUGGAGCUACGUAGACAAAUCAUGUUCUCCCUCCAGCAUUGGCCAAACUGAUGCUAUGCUGAAGAAAAUAUAUCAAGAAUUUGGUUCUGUCUCCAUGGAUUAUCCAGGGUUUAAAAAAUUAGUGGGGGGUCUACACUUUUUUGUUCUUCUCAGACCACUUUUCAAACUUGUUGGGCAAUGGUCAGUCCUGUAUAUAAAAAUGUGUAAUAUUUAAGCUGUAUUUAUCCUACUGUUUUCCUGAAUAAACAAAUGGACAGUUUAAUCACUUUUCAUUAUAGAUGCCCUUCUUCCUUGUCAUAGGCAUGCUUCAUGACUGCGUGACAACCCCUUGUCAAAUCCACACUUUGUUGCAGGCAGAGUGAGGUGGAGCCCAUUCUGAGGGAGCUACUGGGAUGAUGAGAAGAGAUUUGCUGCUUGGUGUUGAAGUGUUGAUGGGGAUAGGCCCCGGUAGCUGGGAAUGGGGUGUGGUCCAGGCAAAGGGAAGAGCUUGAAGCAGUUUUCAGUGCUACCUGUUCCUGUUUAUCUCAGGUGCAUUCAACAGAGGGAACCCACAGUGUGUUGGUCCUUUAGAUCACCUGAAGGCCAUCACCUCCUUAGGAAGCCACAGUGCACAAAGCUCCUGAUGGUUGAUAUUUUCUAAGAGAAAAGCCUCUAUUUCUCCCCCAAAAACAGUUCUGAUAUUCCUGGGAGGCUGGAUUCCUCUCCUAAUAGCAGCUCAUUACCCUUGAGCCUUUGGUAUCUAGUUCCUUUAUUCUGAAAAAAUGUCUUUGGGUUUUUUUCUCUUGUUCUGGAAUGAAAGAAAGGGUGUUGUUAAGGAAAAGACAAGGCAGAAUUGCUCCCUGAAACAAAAGUACACAGAGGCAUAGAUCAUGAAGAAAAACUUUUGAGGUAGAGGCUCAUUGUAAUGGGAAACAGCAUUCACACCUGGGGAGUGUUGAAAGCCUGUGUCAGUAAGGCUCUAAAUUUGGAGUCCCAGCCUAUUCUGUAGCUGUGCAUCAGCCUUCUACUUCCCAGUGGUUGGUGUUUUUACUCCUGUCCAGUUCCACAAAGCAGUGACUUGGCAGCCCUGGGGAGGUGACAAUGUCUACUGUAGCAGGAGUGCUUUGAAGCAACAUCUACCUUCCCUGAAUUCUACUUCUCUGAGCCGUCCUUUUGGGGACACAACACAGUCUUAUAGUCUGGCCAGCAGUUGGUGCUAACACGCAGCUGGGCACUUUGUCAAUGCAAACCCCAGAAAUGGCCCUGAACAGCCAGACCUGAGGCCUGUGCCCAGGCGCGUAAGUGCUAAGGCCUGCAAACCUGCGUGUCACUUCUUAGUGGGCUGGUACCUGCUGGUUUUUUGUUCCCUAACCUCUCUCUUGGCAGUGUUGAAUUUUAAGUGAGUCUUCUGAUCUUUUGCAUUCUGGAAAACAGCUUACUGCAAAGAACUACCCUUCACAUACAACUUAGAUAAGAGUCAUGGAUGCCCAGUUGAUUGAUUACCUAUGACAAGGCCAGACAUAGACCUUCCAAAUACCAAUUCUUUGCCUCAGAUGAUUAGCUGAAUUGCUUUCCCCUGAUGUU